AUGCCUACACAUAAUCGCCACCAGAAGCCACGCCGUGCUCCGCCUGAACUGCCACUCGAGCUUUGGUUAGAGAUAUUCCAGUUUGCCACCUAUGUUCACCGCUCUGUUACUAUCAAGCCCUUGGACCCCUUUACCCUCAAGCGCACAUCGACAAACGCGAUGGGAGCGAACACCCCAGCCCUCGCGAUGCGGACAAAGCUUGCCCUGGUGAUGGUGUCUAAAUCCUGGAGACAGGUUGCCGUUCAGAUGCUUUAUGAGCAUGUAGUCAUCCGGAGUCCAACAAGAGCCGAUGCCGUGCUGAGAGCACUCAUGUCAAGCAAUCACACUGCCGACUCGCCCAUCGACAAAUCACGAUACGGGCAGUGGACGCGCCAUAUUGAAAUAUAUACGUAUUCGCGAGGUACGGGCAACAUCCAGUAUUUGAAAAUCCUCUUCCGCAUUUUCCAGCUUUGUCCAAACCUGCGAGUGCUAAGUGGCACUUGGAUCCAUCCAUUACCACUUGAUUUUCUGAACUGCAUAUCCCGUUUGUACGGGCAUUCACUUCAGGGGUUAUAUUGGAAUGAGCAACGGCCACAGGAGGUAGCUGAUUUCUGCACCCUUGCCGGACCGGAAUACCUGGCGUCAUUUCGGGCCCUAAGGGUCUUGGACCUUCGACACUUCGUUGGGGUUGACCUGUCCAAGCGAGAUAAGUCAGCCCCUCGCCAAAGUCUCCCUCUUGUUGAAGACUUAAUCGUCUCAACUCACACUCGAAGUCUUGCAAUGGCAUCUGCCCUGUCCUUACCCAACCUCCGGAAUGUCACCAUGAAGACGCCAAUAUCAGGUGUUCCCGACCUUCAUCAGGUCUCGAUUUUUCUGCAAGUUCACGGACAUUCGUUGAUCACCGUUGAUUUACCGUCGCCCUCUCCCGACUCUGAGCCUGAGCCUGACAGCACCCUAUCCCGGAGGACGGCUCACCACGUCAAUCCGGACGUCUUCCUGCAGCCCGACGUUUGUCCCAAUCUCACCUCACUCACAUUUCCGAUCACCUCGCCGCCGCUGUCUCCCUACGUUCAUAAAGCGCUCCGUCGUAUUGGUAUACGUGGUAUUCGCGCGGAUGGGCUUUAUCCCGAUAAACCGACGACGGGGAAGGCACACUUAGUUGCCAUUAACUCAACUCGAUAUCCUAAUUUAGAGCUGGUUCAGACUGUUGGUUUCUUGGUUGACGCAGACACAGACGGUUUGAUCAAGGAUAUUUUCAUCUGGUGGGUUGAGAAAUUCGAGAAGCUUGGGAUUGAUUUUCUCGACGGAGAGGGUGUCUUAUGGGCUUACACUGAACCCAGCGCCGAGGAGGCCAUGAAAGAGGUUAAAGGCUCAGACAUCUUUGUACGAGAGCGAAAACCUGAAGCCAAAAACGAGAAGGAGAAAGGACAAUCGGAUAACGUAAGAGUAUUGUCAACUGCACAGACUAAUUCUCUGAUGUAUUUAUCAAGUAACCCUUUAGUCUACGCUAUAUAA